AUGUCUAGUUUCGGCAAAGCAACAAGAGGCACUAGUUUAGCAAAGCAAACAUAGCUGCCUGGCCCAGGUAACUACAAUGGCGAUCUUAGAAAGGCGACACCAGCCUAUAGUAUUGGAAGAGGUAUCAGAUCAUCGUCAAAAGCAUUAGAUGCUCCAGGACCAGGUUAAUACCAAACCAUUCAGUCUUCUCAAAAAGGCAUUACAAUGGGAAUGAAGACUAGUUUCGGAGGAGCAAUGGGAAGUUUAGGUAAAAAUGGCCAGAAUCCAGGCCCAGGUCAGUAUCAGUCUAAUUAUGAAUCAAAGGCAGCUGCUUAUACGUUUGGAGUAAAGAAUGGCUCAACCCUAGAUAAUUCAAAGAAUAUUGGAUAGCCAGGACCAGGAUAAUACAACAUUGGAGGAGGCGAUCCUUCCUAGAAACAUAGCCAUAAUAAUAGCAGAGGUCCAGGUUUUGGCACAGAAAAGAGAGGUAUAGGAGGUGUUACUAAGUCUGCAACGGAAAUCCCAGGUCCAGGCUAAUAUAGCUUAGAUCACAAUAAUUUGGGUCCUAAAGUAGGAUUUGGAACUUCAACAAGAGAUAAGGGUGGUAUUAAGAGUGAUUCAAGAUUUGUUCCAGGUCCUGGAUAAUACAGUCAUGAUGACACUUUAGGUAAAAGUGCAGCAAAAGUAUCAAUGAAAUUCAGGCCAAACACUUAAGGAAAUCAAAGAUCUUUAGACAUACCAGGCCCAGGUUAAUAUAACCCAAAUCUCUCAAGUGUGAAGAGUCAAACACCAGGCUCCAAGAUUGGAACAGGACAAAGAAACGGCUUAACUAGCAAGGAUGGAAAUCUUCCAGGACCAGGUCACUUUAGUAUUGGCGAUGAUUGGGGCAAUAAGAAAAAGCAUGCAGGUUUCGGUUCAAGCAACAGAGGUGCACUAAGUAUGUCAAGAGAUGGCCCAGGUCCUGGAAACUACAACCCCACUGAAAGAACGCUAAGCACAGCUCCCUAGUAUACAAUGGGCGGAGGUGGUCAAAGAUCAAAAGCUGGUAGAACUGACUAGCCAGGUCCAGGCCAAUAUAAUCCAAAAGUAGAUUGCGCAAAAGAAAACUUAGGAGGAGUAAAGAUAGGCACAAGCCCAAGAGGCUAAAGGAGAAACAAUGAUGCUUAGCCAGGUCCAGGCAACUACAAUGUAACUGGCAGACUUGGAGGUCCAGCCUAUGGAAUCGGCUCAGGAAGCAGAAGCAACGCCAAAAAGGAGCAAACCCCUGGUCCAGGACAUUAUAAAUUACCAGUAUAUGUUGCUUCUUUGCCCAGAUACCAGAUGCCUGACAAGCCAGAAAAUCUCAGAUAUGUAUGA